AUGCGUAAACUUGAUUGUAUCUUGGGGAAUUCUGCUUUUAUUUCUCGCUUUGGGGACGCCUCGGUUUUCUUUGAACCAAGGGGAAUCUCCGAUCAUUCUCCGGGUAUUCUUUCCUUUAAAGUUGGUAGAUGUAUUCGUCAGCGUGGUUUUAAAUUUGAUAAUUUUAUUACUUCUCAUGUGGAUUUCCUUAAAUCCGUAGAGGGGGUGUGGAUGAAACCUCAGAGAGGUUCUUAUAUGAAAAGAGUGAUUCGGAAAUUGCAAGAAAUGAARGGGGUUUGUCGUCGGCUCAGAAAUUCUUAUGGGUGUUUGGAUAAAAGGGUGGCUCAGUUAAAGACGGAGCUUGAUGUUGCUCAAUUGACUUGUGAUCUAGACCCGUUUAAUGAUUUGCUGAAAGAGGAUAUUGCUCACCUCUUACUAGCAUAUCAAAAGGCUAGAAAUGAUCAAGAGGAUAUGGUUCGACAAAAAGCUAAGAUCUCUUGGCUUAAUGAAGGUGAUGGAAACUCUAAGUUCUUCUUCCAUGCUAUGAAAGAGAAGCGUAAUAGGAGCCAUAUUGCUACUAUUAGGGAUUCCUUUGGUACUGUGUUUGAGCACCAGGAUGUCCMAAAAGCUUUUAUUAAUCACUUUGAARGAAUUYUGGGUACUUCUAAUAUGCUGGUUCCUCCCUCCAUGGUGGAUUGCUCGUUUGAUCACUCCCUUUCGUUAUCGGAAUCUUUGCACUUAAUCAGGCCGAUUUCGGAUUUGGAAAUAAAGGAUGCUCUGUUUGAUAUUGGGAAUGAUAAGGCGCCAGGACCAGAUGGGUUUUCGUCAAAAUUCUUUAAAGCGGCUUCGAGCGUGGUGGGUAAGGACGUUCUCAUUGGGAUCCAUAACUUUUUCUAUUCUGGCACUUUGGAAUAUCAGCUGAACCAUACCCUUCUUUGUCUCAUCCCGAAGGUUCCUAAUGCUUCAUGUGUUACUGAUUUUCGCCCGACGGAUAAAAGGCUCUUUGGAUGUUCUUAUUAG